AACGUAACUAACAUGGAAUGGUGGGAAAAGGAUGAAGAAUACCAGCCUGGAAUAAGUAUCUUCAGAGGCAUGAGAAUAGACCCCCCAUCCCCUAAGAAGGUGGGUUCAUCAGUGUCACAGGCGCUUUUUUAAAGUAGAAGCGGCUUAGAUUACUUUUACAUUGAAAAAUUUAUUGAAAAUAUUUUUUUAAAACUAACUGUCCUAACGGAGGAUAAUACAACUGCUGAGAGCAACGGUCAGUUGAGUCCCGUACAUAGCGACCUGGGUACGAGUCUGUGGACAGUUAUAAAAAGAGAACAAUGCGUUAAAAUAUGUUUUUCUUUCAUAACUACCACCACAAUGAAACACCUGGGAAAUUUAUCAUAGGAACACUUCUCAUACUUCAAAAAAGCUGUAUCUUUUAACUAUUUCGAGCCAUUUGAAAAUGCCGAAACAUUUUGGGCUAAAGGAAGACUUAUAAUUUCUUGGAAAACGAAAUGACACUUCUUCUUACCGUCCUUGGUCUUUUUCCACUGAAUAACCCCUUGUAGACUUCCGGUAUAUUUUAGGGGGAGCAGGGACAUCUACAACAAUAAUAAUGUUUCGUUGUGGAGAACAACGUAGUACGUAGUAUUAAACCUAUGCUGAUAUCCCAAGAUGGCAUUUACUGUAUAAUAUUAAUUUGUGCGGAAAGGUGAUGAUAAAUGUAUUUCAGCAAAGGCAUAUAUAUAUAUAUCACAUAUAUUUGUUUUCUCCGCAGGAUUUUGUCGAUCUAACGAAAGACCUGUCAUCUAGUAACGAAAGUACGCCUGUGAAGAACGAGUAUAAAAGACACGGCUUUGUUAAGGUAAGUAUCUCAAUUUGAGCAAAGAGAUAAAAUAAACAUUUUACACGAUAGUUGAUAGAAUCUUCUUGUAAACGAUCUUUGGAUUUUUUACCCUGGGCCGAGUUGUUCAAAGCUGGGUUAAGAUAACCCAGGGUUCUUGCGAGGUUUAAAUCGGCAGAUUUGAAAGCUUAAAAAGUAUUUCAGUUUUAUUCUUUUUGUCUACAAGUUGAUGACUGGAAGUUCUAAAAAUAACGGAGAAAAUUAUCCGAGAAAAUGCUUUUGAAUACAAGAACAACAAACACGGGUUAAAUUUAACCCCGGGUUAAGCGUUAGUCGGCCUUCGAACAACUGGGUCCUGAAGCAAGAUAGCUCUUAGAAGUUAACUCCUUUCAAAUAAAGAUUCCUAACGUGCAUCCACACUAAAAAAAGUAUCCAAAACUGAAGCGAUUGCAAGUCAGGAAAUACUUGCAAUCGUUUCAGUUUUGGAUAUUGGGACGGGGAAAAGGCGUAUUUAACUUGAACAUACCAAAAUAGAAAUCAUUAAUCUCAGACUCACUGUGAGCAUGUGAGCAUUAUCGGGCCCCUUUCCUCCCUCCCCCCCCUCCCCCCCCCCCACACCCGCCUCUAAAAGAAAACAAAUCGGUGUGGGACUAACAAAUAACAGCGACAUCACUUUUAUCGUCUGAUUAAACCUUUUCCUUUUUGUCAUACAGUUGGCGAUGAAUAAUGAGUGUCAAUAAAAUUUAUACAUAGCAGAGUUUUGAUACAAAUAAUUGGUUUGCAGCUUGAACCAGCACCAGCUGGAAAACGCAGAAAAAACGUAGCAGAUUCUCUCUUAAAAAGGUAGGUUGAACAUAUACAUUUAAAGAAUCUACCAGUUACGUCCUUUAUCCUAAUUCUCUAAGUGGAAAAUCUUAGAUAACUUUUCUUAUUAUCAUGGGCUUCAUUCUGACUCUUCGUAUCACCAACAAACGAUUAAUUUCUUAAUCAGUUGUGGUUAACGUAAAACUAAAAAUUACAAACUUUAAUUCCCUUUGUUUCAGUAAUUUAGAAAUUCAAAUUAACUAUACUAGAGCAAAAAAUUGGAGUUUUUCGUUCAUGGUUAGUCUGAGAUGGGUUAGUCAAGUCUGGCUUAAUUGUUUAAUUCUUCUAAGAAAGUCAGUUCCGUUUUUAAGGAUUUAAAUUCCCAAGAUGAUGUUCCUAAUGGAUGUUACUCUUGUACUUUUUUCUUCUUGUAUUAUUUUUCUCUAUUUGCUUUUACGUCUCUGCUCGAUAUAAUUAUUGAACUAACAAAACAUAUAUUUCGAUCAGUUGUCAACAUACAAACCGCUUUCAAGUAUAAUGGCUGCCAGCCUUGCAAUCAAUAACUUGAUCAUUUCUUGUAGGGGCACCAAUCAUCAAACUUUUUCGAAACAGAGC